GUGCCCAAGGGGGUCCCAAAGGGGUCCCAAAGUGUCCAUGGGGGGCCCAGAGGUGCCCGUGGGGGUCCCUAAAGUGUCCAUGGGGGUCCCAAAAGUGCCCAAAGGGGUCCCAACCGUGCCCAAAGGGGUCCCAAAAGUGCCCGUGGGGGUCCCAGAGGUGCCCGUGGGGGUCCCUAAAGUGUCCAUGGGGGUCCCAAAAGUGCCCAAAGGGGUCCCAACCGUGCCCAAAGGGGUCCCAAAAGUGCCCGUGGGGGUCCCAGAGGUGCCCGUGGGGGUCCCUAAAGUGUCCAUGGGGGUCCCAAAAGUGCCCAAAGGGGUCCCAACCGUGCCCAAAGGGGUCCCAAAAGUGCCCGUGGGGGUCCCAGAGGUGCCCGUGGGGGUCCCUAAAGUGUCCAUGGGGGUCCCAAAAGUGCCCAAAGGGGUCCCAACCGUGCCCAAAGGGGUCCCAAAAGUGCCCGUGGGGGUCCCAGAGGUGCCCGUGGGGGUCCCUAAAGUGUCCAUGGGGGUCCCAAAAGUGCCCAAAGGGGUCCCAACCGUGCCCAAAGGGGUCCCAAAAGUGCCCGUGGGGGUCCCAGAGGUGCCCGUGGGGGUCCCUAAAGUGUCCAUGGGGGUCCCAAAAGUGCCCAAAGGGGUCCCAACCGUGCCCAAAGGGGUCCCAAAAGUGCCCGUGGGGGUCCCAGAGGUGCCCGUGGGGGUCCCUAAAGUGUCCAUGGGGGUCCCAAAAGUGCCCAAAGGGGUCCCAACCGUGCCCAAAGGGGUCCCAAAAGUGCCCGUGGGGGUCCCAGAGGUGCCCGUGGGGGUCCCUAAAGUGUCCAUGGGGGUCCCAAAAGUGCCCAAAGGGGUCCCAACCGUGCCCAAAGGGGUCCCAAAAGUGCCCGUGGGGGUCCCAGAGGUGCCCGUGGGGGUCCCUAAAGUGUCCAUGGGGGUCCCAAAAGUGCCCAAAGGGGUCCCAACCGUGCCCAAAGGGGUCCCAAAAGUGCCCGUGGGGGUCCCAGAGGUGCCCGUGGGGGUCCCAAAAAUGCCCAAGGGGGUCCCAAAGGUGCCCAAGGGGGUCCCAGAGGUGCCCGUGGGGGUCUCACUCCCGUCCCGUAGGGUCCCCCCCGUUCUUCCUCCCCUCCCCCAGGCUCCCCCCGGGGGGUCCCUCAGCCUCUGCCCCACCCUCGGGGGGGUCGGGAGCAGGGACAGACCCCGGGACCCCCUUCGGGAUGGGGAAGGGGAGCUGGGGGGGGGUCCCGAGGCGGUUUUUGGGGGGGCUGCCGGGGUUGGAGCCCGGAGCCGCCCCGGGGGGGGAAGGGGGGGGGGGAUGUGGAGGGGGGGGGGUGACGCGGUGGCGUGGCUGGGGUGGCUUCGGUGGCUCUGCUGGGGCGGGAUUGCUGGGGUGGCUUUGCCACGUCGGAUUUGCCGCAGCAGCUCUGCCGGGGCGGCUUUUUUUGGGACGGCUUUUUUUUGGGGCGGCCUCGCCGGGACGACUCUGCCCGCGGUGGCUUUUCCAAGACGACUUUUUUUGGGGUGGCAUCGCCGCCUGGGCACCGUUCCCAGAGCCCAAUUCCUGCCGGGUUUGUUGCCCGGAGCGGGAGAUGGUUUCUCCAUUUCUCCACCGCGGCACAUCCCGGCUCCCUGGCGCUGGUGGCCCCUGGCUGGCGCGGUGCCCUCGGCCUCGGUGGCAGCUGCUCGGUGGCAGCUGCGGGCGAUCCGCGCCCACCCGCGUUCCCACCGCAUCUGCUGCCGUCGCUCUGCCGGGAGCCGGGGGAGGAGGGGGUGGCAGGAGGGUCCCCGCGACCCCUCGGUCACCUCUGGGUGUCCCCCAGCCUGCAACGUCACCAUCCACAACCGCUGCAAGGACACGCUGCCCAACUGCACCAAGGUGAAGCAGAAGCAGCAGAAGGCGGCGCUGCUGAAGAACAGCUCAGCCCUGCAGUCGGUGUCCCUGCGCAACAAGAGUAGGGCCGGACAGGGGCGGGUGACCCGCUCCCCUCUCCUGCGCCGCCACGGCGUCCCCGAGUGCAUCCUGCUGGUGACGCAGCGCAUCACCAAGUACCCGGUGCUCAUCGAGCGCAUCCUCAAGAACUCCAAAGACAACGAGGGGGACAGCGCGGACCUGUCGCGGGCGCUGCGCCUGGUGAAGGAGCUGCUGUCGGCCGUGGACGAGGAGGUUCACGCCUGGGAGCUCCGCGGGCGCCUCUGGGAUGUUUUCCGGCGCGUGGAUCCCCGCGCCAAGGUGCCGCUGCUCUGGGACAGCCGGCCCGGGGCCUUCGGCAGGGACGAGCUGCUCCGCAGGAAGCUGGUGCACAGCGGCGGGAUGCUCUGGAAAACGGCGGCCGGGCGCUUCAAAGACGUGCUGGUGCUGCUGAUGACGGACGUGCUGGUGUUCCUGCAAGAGAAGGACCAGAAAUACACCUUCCCCAUGCUGGACAAGCCGGCCGUCAUCUCCCUGCAAAACCUGAUCGUGAGGGACAUCGCCAACCAGGAGAAGGGGAUGUUCCUGAUCAGCGCCGCGCCGCCCGAGAUGUACGAGGUGCACGCGGCCUCCCGGGACGACCGCAACCACUGGAUGAAGGUCAUCCAGCAGGCUGUCAGCCUCUGUCCAAGCCGCCAGGAUUUCCCCCUGAUUGAGACGGAGACUGAAGCGUCCUUGAGGAAGCUGAAAGAGCGGAUGGAGCAGCACGACCGUCAGAUCGCGGCGCUGCUGGAGGACAAGGUCGGGAUUUUUGCCGACAUGCUGGCGCUGGGCAGCGGCUGCUCCGAGCGGAUGGAGCAGCACGACCGUCAGAUCGCGGCGCUGCUGGAGGACAAGGUCGGGAUUUUUGCCGACAUGCUGGCGCUGGGCAGCGGCUGCUCCGAGCCCCCCCCGGCCCCCCGCGGGACCCCCUUCCCUGGGGACCCCGCCCGGGGCCCCCGCGGGGACGUGCUGCUGCACGACGCCAUCCGGGAAGUGGAGUGCCUGAAGGAGAUUUUCACGGGAUGCAGCCGGGACCGGGACCAGAACCAGAACAACCCCCCCGAGGCCGAGAGCUGCCCCAGCCCCAGUGCCAGCAACGGUGACUCCGGCAGCAUCAACGGCUCCUUGGAAUUCCGGGCGGAUCCGGACGCUGGGCAGAGGGACGGGAAUGGGAACCAGGUCCCGCCGAGGGGAUCCCAGGAGGAGAUCAACCAGCGCCUGGUGAACCUCUACGGGCUCCUGCUGCGGCUCCAGCUCCACCUGUCUCACCAGGAGGUUCUGCUGGAGCUGCCGCUGCCGGAGGGGCUGCAGCGGCCGCGGCCGCGCCGGGGCUCGCAGCCGGCCGUGCCGGUGACCGGAGCGGCGGAAGCGGCUCCCGGUGCGGAGCUGGCGCUGCUGCAGCGGCAGCACGGGCUGCUGCAGGAGGAGCUGAGCCGCUGCCGCCAGCUCUGCCAGGAGCGGGCGCAGGAGGCGGCGGCGCUGGAGUCGCGGCUGCGGGACAGCGAACGGGAGCGCUCCCGGUUGGAGCGGGAGCUGCAGGAGGCGCGGGGGGCACCGGCGGGGCCGCGGGGACGGAGGGCGGCGGAGCCCCGGCGGAGGAGCCUCCCGGCGGGGGAUGCGCUGUACCUGAGCUUCACCCCGCCGCAGCUGAGCCACGCCAGCCCCCCCGCCGUCCUCCCGUUCCACCCCCCCGCCUUCCCCGGCGCCCGGGACGAGCUGGAAUUCCGGGCAACCGACCCCGAACGGCUGCGGGAGGGUGAGGACACCCUGGAUGUGCUCCUGGAGGAUGAGGGGGGCUUGGGGGGUCGCCACUCCCCCCCCGCCAGCCCCCGAGAUUUCCUGAGGAUGCAGGAUAUUCCCGAGGAGGUGGAGAACAGCCAGGAGCUGAAGGAGGGCGAUGGGGACAGUUAGGGACCUCCGCAGCCCCCCCAGCACCCCACGAUCCCCCCCCACCCAGGACACCCCGGGGGCCGGAU